CACGUAUUCGCAGCUAUAUAACUCAGGUAUGAACGUUUUACAUGGAUGGGUGAUGUAUCCAACUGCCCCGUCCCAGUCAGUCUCCAUGACACGCAACAGGCCGGCCUCGUGAAUGAACGGAGGAGGCGCGCGUCGACUCCCCAUCUGAAACCGCCCGUACAGUCCAGUAGUGGAUAUACACUACCCAGGCAGGCGCUGGUUUAUGCACGGCAGCCGAGCGUGUUCUGCAUGUGUCACCAUCGCGUGCAGGACAUGUCCGCGCCAAUGCUGCACGAAAUCCCAUUCCCAUGCACGCCUGGGUAAUGGGUACCUGUAUCGCGUAGGACUGUCGCGUCCGAACCGCGACGAAUCUCCCCGGCAUUUGUUUCCCAGCUCCCAGGCCAGGGUGGUUCGCAUUGGCAUUGGGACCCUGCGUGUGAGUCUUGGGAACGACGACGGCGGGACUACAUACACCCACCCAAAGCUAAAAUGCGACCAGCCAGUGGAUCCUGGAGUGGCCGCUCCGACCGUCAGGGCCACCACGCUUCACCCAUGACAACAACCGAGAUUGAAGAUGCCUUUUCCCACCGUCAUCGUCAUCGUCAGACGCCAAUGCCUCCUUCGACCACGACGCCUCUCAUCCGGAGGCAUUCCUCCCGCCACCCUCACCCGGUCCUCGCUGAUCUACCGAGUAUGUAGUGAGGACAGUGCUGUACAGAUUUACCUGGGUACUUACUGUAUCAUUGGUAUUAUUAUGAUCAUUGGUAUUAUCAUUAUCCG